AAGCCAUUCUAGAACCCGGCGGCCUCUUCAUCUCCACUCUCCCCUCCCUCCACUUCCCUACACACAGCGGCCACCACUAGGGUUUUACCGAUCCGCCUCUCCCGCCCCACGCCGGCCACCACCACCAGAUCGCCUCCGCCUCCCGCGGCGACACCUCCCGCUCUCGCCGCCGUCGACGAUGGUAGGUCUCGGCGCGAUGCCGGGGUACGGGAUCCAGUCGAUGCUCAAGGAAGGGCACAAGCACCUCUCCGGGCUCGACGAGGCUGUCCUCAAGAACAUCGAGGCCUGCCGCGAGCUCUCCGCCAUCACCCGGACCUCCCUCGGCCCCAACGGAAUGAACAAGAUGGUCAUUAAUCAUCUUGACAAGCUCUUUAUCACGAAUGAUGCGGCAACGAUCGUAAAUGAGCUCGAGGUCCAGCACCCUGCUGCUAAGCUUCUGGUACUUGCUGCGAGGGCACAGCAGGCAGAGAUCGGUGAUGGAGCUAACCUCACCAUAUCUUUUGCUGGUGAAUUGCUCGAGAAGGCUGAGGAGCUUAUCAGGAUGGGUUUGCAUCCAAGUGAGAUUAUCAUUGGAUACAACAAGGCCAUCAUUAAGGUGCUUGAGGUCUUGGAGGAUCUGGUGGAGAAAGGCUCAGAAAACAUGGAUGUAAGGAACAAGGAGGAGGUGGUGUUGAGGAUGAAAUCUGCUGUCGCGAGCAAGCAAUUUGGGCAGGAAGAUGUACUGUGCUCUCUUGUCGCUGAUGCCUGUAUGCAAGUUUGCCCCAAAAAUCCAGCAAACUUCAAUGUUGACAAUGUUAGAGUGGCAAAGCUGGUUGGAGGUGGUCUUCACAACUCUUCUGUAGUCCGUGGGAUGGUUCUGAAAAAUGAUGCUGUUGGGAGCAUAAAAAAGGUGGAGAAGGCAAAGGUUGCAGUUUUUGCUGGCGGUGUUGAUACUGCUGCAACUGAAACAAAGGGAACUGUUCUGAUACAUUCUGCUGAGCAGCUUGAAAACUAUGCUAAAACUGAGGAAGCUAAGGUGGAGGAGCUUAUCAAAGCUGUGGCUGACUCAGGUGCCAAGGUUAUUGUCAGUGGAGCAGCAGUUGGUGAUAUGGCUUUGCAUUUUUGUGAACGUUACAAGCUCAUGGUCUUGAAAAUCAGCUCAAAGUUUGAACUCAGAAGAUUUUGCCGUACUACGGGGGCUAUUGCACUUUUGAAACUUAGCCAACCAAAUGCGGACGAAUUAGGAUAUGCAGACUCUGUCUCGGUGGAAGAAAUUGGCGGUGCUCGAGUGACUGUUGUUAGGAAUGAAGAAGGUGGAAAUUCUGUGGCUACUGUUCUCUUAAGAGGCAGUACCGAUAGUAUACUGGAUGAUCUCGAAAGAGCUGUUGAUGAUGGUGUCAACACUUACAAGUCAAUGUGCAGGGACAGUCGGAUUAUUCCUGGCGCUGCUGCAACAGAAAUAGAACUGGCAAAGAGAUUGAAGGAGUUUUCUCUGAAGGAAACAGGGUUGGAUCAGUAUGCCAUUUCAAAAUUUGCUGAAAGUUUUGAACUGGUUCCAAGAACCUUGUCUGAAAAUGCUGGACUUGGUGCAAUGGAGAUAAUAUCUUCCCUAUAUGCCGAGCAUGCUGGUGGCAAUGCAAGAGUUGGCAUUGACUUGGAGGAAGGUGCUUGCAAGGAUGUGUCGAUCACAAAAAUAUGGGACCUCUAUGUCACAAAGUCCUUUGCUCUAAAAUACGCAGCGGAUGCUGUGUGUACUGUACUACGGGUUGACCAGAUCAUCAUGGCAAAACCAGCAGGAGGGCCGCGACCCCCCCAACAAGGUGCUAUGGAUGAAGAUUAGUUCCAUCUGUGUACCCUUGUUUUCUGUGUAUCAUGCUGAGGAGUUCCGGCGCAGAAGACAUCUCUUUUUAUCUUACCUAGGUUUGAUUUGGGUAAGAAGAUUUUGGGUGCCUGAAAUUCACGUUUGGGAGUUGUCUUGUGGGUGGGUUUGGGAGUUCCUCAGUGGUGGUGUAUCGUUGUACUGGUGUAUCACAUGAUAACUAGCAGGACCUGUUCGUUCAGUUUAUUAUAUGAACUGAGCUCAUCUUCAAAGAUAAGGAGUUGUAUUGACGUUUGUAAAAUUCUGUUGUGUUAGCUUUUUGCCUUUAGAUUUAGUUUGCCUGGAACGAUGAUGAUCUUAUGCAGAGUGCUGAUCAACAAUGUCUUUUUGGAGUGUAGGCCGCACCGUUCUGUUCCUAUAUGUACGAUGUACUCGGUACACGUGAACACAGAAAUAUAAAGUUUGCCAACUUCCAGGUGUCAA